GUUGAUCCUCGUUUCCCCAGCUCAAAGUGCUGUUGCGAUUGUGGGUCUCUGACCUGCAGCGACUUUGGCCUGGUCUGCGUCUUCUUUUCCUUCCGCCUAGUACAUAUUGAUCGGCAACCAGCCGUCUUCAUUCGGCAGCCCCUUCGUUCUUCGAACCUCCUAUCCGUUAUUCUCCUACCGAUACAGUUUUCCUCCCUGCAAAUCCAAAGUGUCCCAGUCGGUGCGGGUGAAACCGCAGGAUGUUUUCCGCCGUGCUGCGGCGGGCGACCUCGGUCACUUCACGCUUCACCUCCCACAUUCCAUGGCUAAAGAAUCUGCGCAUGAAUUUUGUUCUCAUCCACUAUGUCUAUAUCAUCGCCACCGCUUUGCUUUCCUCAGUCAUCAUCUAUCCAGGGGCUAAUCUAGCUUACACCGAUGCCCUCUUCCUAUCGGCCGGCGCCGCCACCCAGAGCGGUCUCAACACCGUCGACCUUAACACCUUGCAUACCUACCAGCAGAUCGUUUUGUAUGUGGUCUCCAUGCUGACCACUCCCAUCUUUAUCCACACUGUGCUGGUCUUUGUGCGUCUCUACUGGUUCGAAAAGCGGUUUCAGCAUGUCGUUAGCGAUGCGCGCGCCCUUCGCCAUACUCGCUCCCGCCUCCGUACUAUAAGCGAAGAUAAGGAUGGUCAGUCUUCUUCCCGGGAAGAGGCUGGGGUCGCUGGUCGGUCCAUCGUCGUCCUGCGCGACACACUAGGUCAGCCGGGGAGCCGACAGCAGGUCAAGGAGAAAUCCGGCGAGGACUCACCUCCCGCCUCUCCCACCGCGCGGGAUCCACCCGAAAAAUUGGGCGAAGAUGCGAACAAUGCCCUCAAUCAAAAGUUAGCAAUUGGACUAGGAAAUAGUCUAGGAAACCUUCGUGUUCCGGCACAGCUGAGCCCAGAACAUCACAUCGCAUUCCUGGAGAAUCAACGGAGGAACAAAGGCGCGCUGCGGAUACCUAGCCCUCGGGAGUAUGACAACGGUGGCGCACCCCAGGUAUUGGAGGAAGAGGAGGAGACAAAUCGACCUGUUCGCACGUCUAGCAACUCCUCGAGUUCCGAGCGCAGCCCAUGUGAUAUGAGCAAAGAAGACGAGAAUGGCAAGGAUGAGGACGACGAGGACGAGGAUAAGGACGAGGAUAGGCCGCGCAGACUUGAUGGGCCCCAUAUCACGAUUAACGAGCCAGAUAUGAUUCGAACGAGGACGCGGAACUCUACUUUCCCCCGAUUAGAUACACGUCCCACUUUCCGUGAAACAAAGAAUGAUAGCGAUGCCUCGCAACUGGGUCGCUUGACAUCGCGACGACCAACCUUACACAACCUUUUCCGCACUCUUACGCAGGAACGUGAACGGUCAACACAGCCGUAUCUCAGCUGGAAUGCCACGGUUGGUCGGAAUUCAAACUUUGUCGACCUAACUGAGGAACAACGUGACGAGCUCGGCGGGAUCGAGUAUCGGGCAUUGAAGACUCUGGCAGUAGUACUAAUCUCCUACUAUGCCUUCUUCCACAUUCUUGGCAUCCUGUGCCUCGUGCCUUGGAUUAUGACCACACACUGGGGCAAGGUGGUCGAGGAAAUCGGACAGGGUCGCCCUUGGUGGGCCAUUUUCAUGGCUCAAUCGGCUUUCAACGACGUCGGCUUUACUCUCACGCCAGACUCACUAUCAUCAUUCCAGAAAGCGAUAUUCCCGCUCCUGCUCAUGACUUUUUUGAUCAUUAUCGGGAAUACAGGGUUCCCUUGCAUGCUGCGCCUGAUUAUUUGGGCUCUGUCCAAAGUGACUCGUGCCGAAACCCCGCUAUGGGAGGAACUCCGCUUUCUGCUUGAUCAUCCACGUCGAUGCUUCACUCUACUCUUUCCGAGGAAUGCCACGUGGUGGCUCUUUGCGAUUCUGGUGGCCUUGAAUGGUAUUGACUUGAUAUUUUUCAUUAUUCUGGACUUGAAUGACUCGGUCGUCACAUCCCUGCCCACUGGCAUCCGUAUCGUGGACGGUCUGUUCCAGGCCGCCUGUACUCGAACCGCCGGAUUGGCUGUUAUCUCUGUAUCAGACCUACACCCGGCUGUGCAGGUCUCCUACUUGAUCAUGAUGUAUAUAUCCGUGUUCCCCAUUGCCAUCUCCUUACGGCGCACCAACGUCUACGAGGAGAAGAGUCUAGGCAUCUACGCUUCUACCGAGGAUGAUGAGUCGGAUGAGAACCAGACAGCGCCCAGCUAUAUCGGAGCGCAUUUGCGCAAACAGCUCAGUUUUGAUCUGUGGUAUGUGUUCCUGGGCCUGUUCAUCAUUACUAUUGUGGAAGGCAAGCGGCUCCAGCAGCAAGAUGAGUAUUCCUUCCAAGUGUGGUCCGUGCUGUUCGAAGUUGUCUCAGCGUAUGGCACCGUUGGUCUUUCGCUCGGGUAUCCCGGAGUCAAUGCAUCCUUCUCCAGCCAGUUUCAGGUUCUCUCCAAGCUGGUCAUAAUUGCGAUGCAAAUCCGAGGCCGUCAUCGCGGCCUGCCCUAUGCCUUGGACCGCGCCAUUCUGCUCCCUUCGGAAUCCUUGAAUCAGAAUGAGAUCGCAGACGCAGAACGGCGCAUGCGCCGUCGCACCUCUAGUCUUAGUCAGAUGUCUAUGGACCGCCAGCAAUCCCAGGGUCGACCGGAGCACGGGGCUUCUACCAGUCUCGACCCGAAGGACCGCGCAAGCCAGACAUGGAACCAUGGCGACAUUAUCCGUCGCCAGUCGACCAUGCGGUCACAGCGCUCGCAGCGCUGAAAAGUA